UGCAAAGAGAACCAACAGAAAUGUUAUAGCAGCUGUCAGUGUCUCAUUAGGAACACCAUGAUAACCACACAUCUGGAGAGCCGAGCCACAAAAAGGGGUGGUUUUUUCUUUCCUAUUUCACCAAAUUCCUAGUAUUUGGACGUUUUUGGUAGUUUGGUCUACAAUGUCCACUCACAAAAAUCUGCACUACAGGUGAACAUGUUUUACUGAAAGAUUUGCACAUUUUUUCUUAAUCUGAAAAUAUUUUAAAUGCAUUUAAGACAUGAAUAAACAAAAGUGUUUAAUGCACAACACCAUGCAUACUUUUAUACCUGAUUGAAGACCAAUGCUUCCACCUCCUAUGAACACAAGUUACCCUAGCUGUUGGUGUAUGUGGUCUCAGUUCUGCAGCCGUAAACUGAGUCUGAUCCCCUCACCACUCAGGCUGUGGACAGAGGUCAGCGAUCUUCCACUCUCUCUCCCAUUCUUCGUCUUUCCCAGGCUCUUAAUGAAGACAGCAAACCAAACAGCACCAACCGGACUUCUUACGCUGCUGACUUCAAACUAAUGUUCAGAUCGCCAAACGUGAUGUCUUUCACAUGAUUGGGAUUUUUAAAAUGUUUUAAUUUUGUAAAAUAUGCGUAUCUUUCACCUCUUCUAAGUUGUCGAUUGCUGUCUGGUUCAAUGGCGCACUCUGUGCCGAGUCCAAAGAAGACCUCUCUAAGUGGGAGCACAGUUUUUGACCGUGGUUCCACAGAGGAGCAGGGACCUCCACCUCCGCUGCGUAGCUUCCUUUGUUUGACCAUGCUGGCGUGUUUCUGUCCCGCCUACCCCGUCAACAUCGUGGGCCUGGUCUUCUCUGCCAUGUCUAGAAAGAGUUAUUAUCAAGGCGACUACGAGGGUUCAAGGCGACUGGGCAGGAAUGCUUUGCUUGUGUCCGUGGCGUCCAUCAUCAUCGGCCUUCUCGUCAUCGCCAUCACCUGCGUUGUUCAUUUCACCUCAAUGGAUUUUUAGCAUUGAGGGGAGACCGAGAAGAGAAAGGAGCCGCCAGGUGACUGGUCCGAUGUGUUCACCACAUCCACAAAUCAAAGGACAUGACUUUGGUUCCUCUCAUUUCCUGGUUUGCUUUGUGGACCAUUAAUGACUUGAUGCUUUCUAGAAAAAUGUAUAAAACACUUGGAUAUGAAAAGUUUUCUUCACUUUUUACUGCUUGUCAUUUAGCACAAAGUAGAAUAGUAAAUAAAUGAUUAAAUACGUGAAGAUGCACCACAGCCAUGUAAUAAAUAUUAAUCUUUGGUGACAAUAUGGCAAAAAACAGAGAAAUACUUGGGCCUGAAUGCGUCGUUAAUAAAACUGAAUGAAGACCAA